AUGGCAAAGCCUGGUGUAGUCAAAAGCAAGCGACUUUGGUGGAAGGAAAGUGUAGUUUAUCAAAUCUAUCCUGCCUCUUUCCGCGACACAAACCACGAUGGUCAUGGUGAUGUGCGCGGUAUUACAGAGUCACUGAACUACUUGAAAACACUUGGGGUCUACAAAAGCCCCCAGAUAGAUAUGGGAUACGAUAUUUCUGACUACAAGGACAUCGACCCAAAGUAUGGUACCUUGGCGGACGUUGAUGAGCUGAUUUCGGAGCUCCGGCAACGGGAUAUGAAGCUCAUGAUGGAUCUUGUGGUGAACCACACUUCGGACCAGCACGACUGGUUUCUCGAGUCAAGGUCAGGCACUAACAGUCUGAAGAGAGACUGGUACAUCUGGAGGAAGGGCAAGAAGGACCUCGAUGGUAACAUCCAUCCUCCUAACAACUGGUGCCGCACCUUGGACACGACCGAAUCAGCCUGGGAAUGGGACCAAAAAAGCCAAGAAUACUAUCUGUCCAUAUUUUCGCGGGAGCAGCCAGAUCUCAACUGGGAAAGUGAAGAUGUCCGAGAGGCUGUGCAUGAUAUUAUGCGUUUUUGGUUGGAUCGGGGAGUCUCUGGCUUUCGCAUGGAUGUCAUAGAUCACAUUUCUAAGGUCCAGAGUUUCCCGGAUGCCAAAACGGUGAUACCAGGCCAGGAUUAUCAACCAGGCGGUGAAUAUUUUGCCAAUGGGCCGCGGAUGGAUGAGUUCCUUCAUGAGAUGCGACAGGUACUUGACAAUUACGACACCAUCACAGUUGGAGAGAUGCCUUUCAUAAACGACGAGGAUGAGAUCAUCCGCACUGUUGGAUUACAGGGAUCCCUGAACAUGAUCUUCUUAUUCGAGCUGUUGAACCUGGACAACCAACCUGGCCAUUCAAAAUGGUCAUAUCAAGAGUGGAGUGCUUCUGACAUGGCAAGAAUCCAUGAGCGAACUCAACUUUUGAUGAUUGAGAAGGAUGGAUGGAACGCAAUCUUUUGCGAGAAUCAUGACUCACCAAGAUCCAUUUCAAGAUUUGCUGAUGAUAGCGAUGAAUGGCGCGAAAAGGCUGCUAAAAUGAUUUGCACCAAACACACGACGCUUGGGGGGACUGAGUAUAUAUACCAAGGCGAAGAAUUAGGAAUGCGCAACAUUCCCCCAGAUUGGCCAAUCACGGAGUACAAGGAUAUUGAGACUCAGAGGUAUUGGAGAGCCGCCAGUCACCAAUACGCCAACAACUAUCGGAAACUGGACUAUGCGCGAAGGCUCAUCCAACUCAAAGCUCGUGAUCACACACGAACUCCGAUGCAGUGGGACGCUUCCUCGAAUGCUGGAUUCUGUAAAGAAGGUGUCAAGCCGUGGAUGAGAGUCAAUGAUGAUUACCAUUAUGUCAAUGUUCAGGCACAAGCUGAGAACCCACAGUCUGUCUUAUCUUACUGGAAACGUUGCAUAGAGCUGCGCAAGACUCACAAGGACGUCUUUGUUUACGGAGGAUUUGAGAUCCUAGACUCAAAGAACAAAGAUGUAGUAGCGUUCCGACGCUUUUCGGCGGAGGAAAGCUGGAUCACCAUUACUAACUUCACUGGUAACCACCUGGAGUGGUCCGGCUUUGGGAACCACACUGUAAAGGAAUGGAUCAUCGGCAAUUAUCCGCUCAGUGACCACAGAAUUGGUGCGGGACACACGAUCGAUCUUAAGCCGUGGGAGGGAACUAUCGGAAAAUGUUCGGCAGCGGUCAACUGA